AUGUAUGCGCCUCGCCUGAGUCCAUUUCGCUUUGCUUGGCGAAGAAGUGAAUUGCUUAUGAUGCACAUCCCCGAAGGAGACCUCUUCAGCCGACGUGUCGGCAGAAGUCUCCUUUCACCCGCUGUGAACACAGGACCCCCGACGAGGCCUCAGAACGCUCUGUUUGAGGAUCAUGAUCAAUCAGAGACUUUAGUUCGCCAAGCGCCUUCAGUCAAGCUGGCCGACCUGAUCUCUGAAUUUGCGUUGAAGCCUUCACUGGAUGCCAUGGCCUCAUACUCAUACGCAGACGGACGCCUCAUCCUCGGGCACAUUUAUUUACCUGGAAAGAUUCUUGGAUUUGAAGCCCCGCUAGACGCGAGGUGGCUUUCGAGCUCAUCCCAAGCUACAAUAGAGUCGACAGCUGGCGAAGCGAAUGGAUUCCGACGCUCGGACAUUGCCGGUGGUGGCCAUCGCAACUGGCAUGUCGUAUGUCCCCCUUUCCGAGUGGACUCUCAUCGGCUGGCAGGUUCCUUCCCUGCUGUGCCCGCUUCUACAAGAAGAAUCCCAACGUUGCAAUUACGAUUGAUUUUGCCGAACGAAGUUUGUACCGGGAACAACCGGCAGAAUGCAGCAGCUUAG